UUGGAUUUUUAUUCAAAAUGAUCAUGUCAUUUGUGACUUAACAAAUAAGAUGUGAUUUCAUAUAAAUGAUAACUGAAAAAAUAUUUAUGAUGUACGUGAACAAUAACAUUUUGAUUUAGACAAUAUAUUUGAAUAUUAAUUAUUUUAAUCUUUUUCUCGAUGCUUGUUUCUGUAGAAAAUGUCUUUGAUAUGUUGAAAAAGAAAGAUCCUUUAUCAGAUAAUAUCUUUCCUUUUUAUCAUAAUCUUAAUAUUUUUCUUUAUUAUUUGUCUAUAAAUAACUUUAAAUACAUCGAAUCUCUUUAUUUUGUAGUCGAUAAUUUAAGAACAAUAAAGGAAAAAAAUUUCUAAUAUUAUAAAUUAAUAAAUCACUUUUUUCUCUCAAUUAAUGAAUAAUUAUUUUAAUUAUAAUUCGAAUAGAAAUGAAAUUAUAAGAUUUUUUUUAUAUGUGAAAAAAAGUGAUGAUAACAAUCAAUAUUAAAUCUGAAUUAUAUCGAGUAUUUAGUAGAUUUUUAAUUCAUUUAUAUUCUGUUUAAAAUUUUUUGAUAAUAAUAAUAAUUAGACACUGAGUUUAUUUAGAGAUUACAAAUCUGGAAAACAAACUAACUUAUGAACAAGUUCAAUAUUUACAUGAAUAUUAUACAAUGAAUCAGAUUCCUGAAUCAAUAGAAAUUGAAGAAAUAGCCAAACAAUGGAAUAUUGAUGAUUUUGAUUUGUCGAAUUGGUUUUUUUAUCGAUACAUGAUUGAACUCGCAGUUGAACAACAUCGAUAUGAAGUAAAAACGAUUGCAGCUUAG